GGGUCCGGGACUGGAGUCACGCAACCCUUUCCCGCUAUGCGCUUGUUUUGUGCAAGAAAUGGAGGGUUUGUGGGAGAUCGAGGGGUCAAGGGUUAAAAAUGGUUACCAGAUGGGAUCUCUUAGGAGGUGGGCGGUCGGGCGACACCUGGAAGGGAAGGACCAGAAAAGGGGACUGCAAGGAAACGGCCUGAAUCCUGCAGGGCGACAGGAGGGGCGCGCAACCUGUCACCUGGGUUGGAGACUGCGAACUCUGCAACGGGUAUAGGACUCCAUUCCCGGUGUUGCUUCUCCACCCUCCUUCCAUUUUGGAGCCGGAAAUGGUCCACUGGUGCAACAGAUUUCAAGGCUAAGAGAGGAAGACUACUUCUGAUCCCUGCAGGAAGAAGAAGCAGGAAAGAAAUCUCAAGAUGGAAAAUUUUCCUAAGGAAAACAAAGGAAAGGAGCAGGCUCAAAUGCGGAAUGAAGAAGCCCACCCUUUUGGAGGUGGUGAAGGCCAGAGGCCUGGGGAAAACGUUCCAGGGGACUGGGUUCCACCUGCCCAGGAUUUUAGAGAGGAUUUGCCCAAUAGGCUUGUCAAUAACAUUGACAUGAUAGAUGGAGAUGCAGAUGAUAUGGAAAGGUUCAUGGAGGAGAUGAGAGAGCUGAGGAGGAAAAUUAGGGAGCUUCAGUUGAGGUACAGUCUGCGCAUUCUUAUUGGAGAUCUUCCUCACCAUGACCAUCAUGAUGAGUUUUGCCUUAUGCCUUGAAUGCUGAGGUUAAUAAUCAUAACCCCCCUGCUUCCCAAAAUUGCAUUUUCUUGAUGUACCUUUUACUACGAACCUUUGGUGUUCUGUCAUUUUUCUGAUUGGAGAUUUUGUUUUUACUUUUGACUUAGUCUGUAAGUUUUUCUGUCAGCGGGGGAGAUUGAUCAACUUGCAUGGGAAGAUGUCUAUUCCAUAUGGUAAAGCUAAUAAAGCAGGUUAAAAAGCA